AUGAAGCGUCCUGAUCACGCACCCCUGAUCAUACCCUCAGCACUCACGCAACCGUCCAGUGUCACAUUUCAGAGCUGGAAUGAAAUUAAGUUAAGAAAAAGAAAGAGAAAAACGCUCGCAGCAGCUCAUAUCUCUGUGCAAUUGGUCGAGCAUACGGGUGCACCGGCGGGAUCGAGAGCGGGAGGGGGGUCGGAUUUGAUUUCAGGUUCGGGUGGAAGUACCACAGCAAUUCAGGUCACCCCCCAACAGCAACAGCAGCUAGUGUCAGCAUCAGUAACCUCACAACGCAUCUACAAUCCCAAUGAUAUCGUUGCGUUAGCUGAGAAAAUACGUGAAUCCGGGGAAUUUGUCCAGGGACGUGCCAUCAGUCGUUUAUCGGUGAUCGCGGAACAGAUGCGAUUUUUACGAAUGGUUCGUGAAUUUUACUUGCCCGUGCGGGCAAGUAUUUUGUUAUUUUGUGAGCGCAUAAGUUAUAGAAUUUCUCACGGGUAG